AUGGAAUUUAUCGAUCCUUCGGCCAAUUCGGAGGCAUAUAGAUAUGCAUUCGCCAGUGCCAUGAGAGAGCAUUUGCGAAUCUUAAAGGAACAAAUCCGGUUGAAAGAAGCGUUAAGUAAUGGGGAGGAAGAUAUGUAUUCUGAUGAUGAGAGUGAACACAUGAGUAUCCAAACCAGGGACACGAUAUACCACUUGGAUCUGGUUAUUGGGUUUGUUUUUGGCGAUAUCUUGAAAUACCAUGUCAGGCAUGAUGUGGAGCAGAGUAAGAAUUGGGGGUUCCCUUCGAAAGCUUUAACCCACACCUUCUCCAACAUUUUAUUAGGAGCUGAUACCAAAGAAAUGGAGAUCCCUCCACGUAUUACCACCUCCUCAUUGAUUGCUCUAGCAUCCAAAGAGAGUACUAGCAUGGAGUUUGUGGCUCAAAGAGAGAAGGAACUAGGAAGUGUGUUUUAUUCCAUUCUCAGAAAUGCGUUUGAGCUCAACUACAAGUAUCUUUGGAGCAAAGACGGGAACGGCACCGAGCAGAGCACUAUUAUGUUGUCCUCAUUUGUUGCAGCAUUUCUCAGUCGAAGUGUUGAGUGUUACCCUCAGGUGUUCAGUCGCCGGGAAUACUUGGCUGACCGAGUCAACUAUGUGGUGAAGGAGUUGGAGAACUAUUCACAAGUUCAAACCAAUAAAGUGCCUCUUGAAUCGUUAUACGAGUUUUUUGGAGUUCUUUUGAAAUCUCACAUAGAAUUAUUGAUCUCAAGAGGAAGUUUGCUUGCAGAAUCAUCCAAGGUGGUCACUAAACUCCGGGAACAAGGUAACAAUUUGAUGAGCAAUUAUGCAUAUGCUCAAGCCAUCAAGGUUUACACCGAUGCCAUUCACCUUUGUAGCGGUGAAGCUACUAAGAACUUACCUCAGAUUUUUGUUAAUAGGGCAAUUGCAUACAUUGGAUUGACAUGUUUCCCAGAAGCUAUUAUGGACUUGAACUUGGCUCUCAAAUACGAUAUUUCGUUUGUUCCAGCAUGGACCCAAUUAUCAUAUGCCCAGCUUUAUAUGGGCAACAGUUUGAUGGCUCUCAAGUGUAUUGCCAUGGCUUUGAGCUGUUGUUGCGGAGAAGUGUUACCUUAUAACUUCCCCAAAGAACCCAGUUACAUGAUCGAGUAUCGUGCCAAUAAAAAGCGGUCUACUUUACCCCAGUUCGUGGAGCAAAUUUUAAAGAGUGUAGAGCUUACGGAGAGGAGAGCGAAGCAACAAAGAUUGAAUAAACAGGAAAUAUCGGAUGUGAUUCAAAAAGUCAAACUGUGUAUUAGUCAGUUAGCGGAUGCAGCUCCAGAUGAGGAUAAGCACUAUUUUGAAUAUCCACCCCGAUCACUGGAACCUUCUACAUUUGUGGACUUGGCUAAUAGAGUCAACUCCAACAGGCCAGCGAUCUAUAAUCCCGAAGCAUCACAGACUGUCACCACCGCCGCGGCUGAAGCCACCACCGCUAUUGCUCCACAAAAUGCCACUCCCCGAGGAGAACCCGCCCCUCCAAUUGUAGAUAUCUCCACUGCAAUCCAAGGAGUGGUUGGGAACCUGUUUUCGGGACUCCAAGCCAACAUGAGACCGGGAAGAUUAUAUCCUGAUCUGAACCAGAGUCCUCCCGCCGCUACACCUAGAAGACCAACAAACCAAAGAGGUCCAUGGACCAUUAACGGCCGGAGAGUUAGAUCCAUUCCCUUGGAUGAGACGUCAGAAGAAACUUCCCUCAUCAAUUCGUUAGGUCCUCUGAUUGCUGAGAUCGUUCGAGAGGGAAGAAGACUCAGAAGAACCAGCGAAGGGCAGCCAAAUCGGGAUACAGAGCAGGAGCGGAACCGGUACGACAACGCUGUCAGAUUCUUCACAUCCCGAGCAUCAGAUAUCCCUGGGGCCGAGCAGUUUGUUGACGACUUUGCCAGAGUAGAUCAGUCUAGUGGGAUUGGGCUCACAUCCCACCUGGAAGGACCAAACAUCUGGAAUUCAAGUACCCAGCACACCUCCAACACACGUUCUGAUCCGAACCCCAACAAUCCCCAUCCAGGUAUACCCGAGUCGCCUGAUCUUGAUUGA